GAUUCUAAAACACAUGUUAGUCAAAACAAAAUCAAGGAAUGAAUUGAUCGAAACUUUUAGUAAUUUUAUUAUUUUCAAAUUUAUUUUCAUCUUGAAGGGAUUGAAUCAAUUAUCUAGAUACAUCAAAUUACCUUUUAGAAUUAAAUUUGCUUAUCAAAUCAACAAUUUCAUCAAUCUUCACACCUCUUAUAAUAACUAAUAGAGUUUUCAAUUGGUUUAUAACCAAAAAAAGGUUUUGUUUACUACCUAUAUAUGUGACAGCUAUGGUCGUUUGUAACCAUAAUCCCUUAUGGUUGCUGAUAUUACUAGCUACUAAAUUUAUAGAUUACUCUUCAUCUGGAAAAUAUCCGAGAGUAGCUGGAGGAGAUCAAGUGAGAUCCAAGGAAGCACCUUAUGUGGCUUUGUCCCUACAUCCUGAGAUCCGUUGCACGGCAGUGAUAGUAUCAGAGGAGUGGGUGCUUGGAGCUGCUCACUGCUACUUCAACCACGACACAGAGGUGUCUCCUCGCGACAUCAACAUUGUCACUGGCAUCGUAGACCUCAACAACCAGACUGAUCUCAUUCACAGACAAGAGCGGAGGGCAUCCCGGAUCAUUGUGCACUCUCAGUUCAAAGAAAAGAAACUGGGCCAAAACGACGUAGCUCUGGUCCAGCUGGAAAGCCCUCUCCACUUCGACAACCAUACCCAGGCUAUCCCGCUUAGUGAGGCCCCCUUCCCCCGCCACCAAUGGAAGCUGUGCACAGUGGUGGGGUGGGGCGACACUGAGGAGAAUGUGACAGCCACCCAUCUGGUGAAGCUGGACGUGAGCGCGAGUCACUCGAGGGACGCAUGCCAUGGCUUGAGCGACGCACAGCUUGCUUCACUCAUCUGUGUGCCCGAACAGGUGAACGGGGGAGGCUUGUGUGACGGCGAUUCUGGGGGGCCGUUGGUAUGUGAUGGGAAACUAGUGGGCAUAUCGCACCAGGUGUACAAAGAGAUCUUCUCAGACAAGGACAGCCUGAGCCUGGAGUGUGGCAUGCAAGACAUGGUUCACACUUUCAUGUUCAUGUGCAAGUACCUGCCUUGGAUGAAGAACUACAUCGACCAGACUCCUGAUCCUCCGCACAGCUGUUUUGUGGCCAUGAAAGGCAAUACAUGACGACAGCAGAUUAUAUUUGAAAUAUUAAGCUUGUAAGAGAAUGGACAUGAAUAAAAUAUUCAGAAAAGAAAACGAACAUGAAUAAGAACAGCGUUCUCAUAUUUUUCCAUCCUGUAUUCUCAAAGGUAUUCCUGUAUUGGGCAUUACCAGCAAUAAUGAAUAAAUUUUUACAAUAAUAACCUUCUCCUGAUUCAAUUAGUAGGUCAAUGAGUAACUAGAAUCUUUACAUAUAUUUUUGGAGAAUUCAUCUUCCAGUAAAAGAUGGAAAGGAAAUUGGCUUAGAACAUGGAUGGAGGGAUACUAAAUAAAUACAAAAUCAUACAAAAUAGAAAAAUAUUUUAAUUUUUUUAUUUUAUAUAAUUAUAAUAUUUACAACAUACACACUUAUUUUAUUCACGAUAGAAAUUAUAUUUAUUAUGGUAGAACAGUAUUGUUGUUUUAUGGUACUUGUUCUCUUCAUAGAGUAUUGUUCAUACUUGGUAUACAACGUUUCAUGAGAAUGGUAUAUUGCAGGAAAUAUAAUGAACUCCAUCGAUCAACAUUCGAAUAAACUUUUCACCGGGAUUACCAGUUCUAAUAUUGUAAAUUUUUGUCAAUAAAUAUUGAGAAUAUUGUCAUAGGCUAUUGAGGAUAUCAAUUGAUCUUUCCUGAGAGAGAAUCAAUAAAAACUCUGAUGUCUUGAAAUGAGAUUGGAACUCACAAUUUAACAUAACCAAUGAUAAUUUUGUGAAAAUCUUACCUCUAUUAUCUUGUUGAAUAAAUUAUUCAUUGAUGAUCUAAUAUUGUCAUCUCUACAUCAUAAUAUAUCUCUCACAGAGCUGAUUCGCAAGUUAAAUAUGAUAUGGAGUGAUGGUGAAGUAGGACAUCACUGAAGUAAUUUUGUAAAGAUUAUGUUCUGAUUCAAUAUUGAAUUGGUAACAAUACAUUAUUACAUUUUCAAAAACAUAAUUGAACAAAAAAUCAACAACACAUUCAAGAUAAUGUUGAGCAGAUUUUAGAGAGAAAAUAAUCUGGUUGUUAAGGCUUGAAUAUUGGAAAUUAACACAAGAUACAAUAACUUUAUAUGAUGAAAGAUUCAGAUAGAUUUUUUAAUUAAUGCGUUAAAUUGAUAUUUUUACAAUUUGUACUUAUUUACUUGAGCUGUGUCUUAACAGCGAAACUUCGGCCUGCCAGAUGAAAUAAGAAUUUAUGGCAGCUUUGAAAUUUACUGUUCAACUGUAAAAGGAGAGAAAAGUUAUCUCGGUCAUUAUGAUGUUCAUAGAACAAUAAAUUACAAAUUUUGAAAAUAAUUGCUAGGGACAGUUUGUUCUGCUUUUCGAUUUUUGAGAUAAUACUUAACUUAUAUUCAGGUCAAUUUAUUUUUCAGAUUUCUAUUUGCUCAAAGUGUAAAUAACAUGGCUAAAAGUUAUAAAGUAGGCUACAGACAUAAGUAGGUAGGUACUCAAAACACUGGAAGAAUCAUAAAAGUAAAUAGGCCUAAAUCUCUCAUUGUCCAUUAUAUUAGUUACAUUUAGAACACAGAUAUUGCAUAGAAAACAAGCGAUUCCUUCAACUACACAAUAUGAAACAACAUAUUUUGUAGAACAAGAGUACCUAAGCCAUUCCUGUCAUGAGCUGUUUUUCACUUUUCUUCAUUUUUACUUUUUUUAGUGAUUUUUGUUCAUUUUUAUCCAAUUAGGCUACAUAUUUUUCAUUAAUGUAGAAAUAUAUAUAAUACAGUAGUUUUUCCUACUUUGAGAAACAAUACCUAUCGUACAGAAUUAAGAAGAAAUCACUGCACUAGUGAUAUUUUAAGUACUUCUUUCCAAACUUCGUUUCUUGCUUGAACACCACUCUCAAUCAAUUUUUUCCAUCUGGCUUCGACGUUUUUGAGCUAACAUACACUUCUCUAUACAUACACAACCUCAAUUAAAACACACUAUCUACAAGUUUAGUUAUCAAAAA